AGGCUGGGAGGAGGAGGACAACUGAAGCAGGGGGCAUGAGGAGGGAAGUUUGAAGGGAGCGCGUGUCGACAAAGUUGGACAAGUGAAGCGGUCCUACCGUGAGCUUCCUGAUCUUUAAGGUCUUUAUAAGGGUGUGUGGGACGCCCUCAUCCAGGCCUAGUCCUGGAGACCAAAAGCCUCGCUGAGAGCUCCGCAGAGGGGGAAUGCUGUGGGAGCUGUUCACCUCCCACCAUGCAACCUGUGCUCUCUGUGGAAGAACCAGUAUUCACUACUGUGGACCUGUGCCAGGUGGGAGAAGAAGACAACUACCUGACAGCAAAUGAGGGAUGCUUGGAGGAGCUCAGCGGUCAAGAAUUGAACUGUGAAGACCUGCAAAGGAAGGAACAAAGACUACCCUUCCAGAUCUUCCCUGACCCGGUGGAGGUGGUCCUGGGUCCAGAGACGUCUUUGAGCAGCUUGGGUGAGAACCACGAGAAGGAGCGUUUACCAUCCAUUGUCGUGGAGCCCACCGAGGUGAGCGAGGUGGAGAGCGGGGAGCUGCGCUGGCCCCCGGAGAACAUGGACGAGGAAGAUGAAGAGGACCUCUUCCUGGAGCAGUGCAUCCCUCCUGCCAACAUUGCCGACUGGGGAGAGGAUGAGGAGGAGAAGGAGGAGAAGACGUCGGUUAUCCUGAGUCAGCAACAAGGCUUGACACUCAUUGACUUACAGUCAGAUGCGUUUCGAGAUGACACCCCCACGCUCCCGCCAAGCAGCGCUCCGGCCCUCAACUGAGACCUCUGGAGACCCAAAGUGACAGCUACUGAACUGAAAGACUAAAACUGCGUUGGUGAAAAAGGAAAGUCAAUUUCAACUCUGAUACGCAGCCUCUGAAGCUCACAGAGAGUUUGCCAUAAAUGGCCGUGUCUGCGGCCGCAGCAGCACAUGGCAACACACGGAUGAAGAUACACACGCAAACACACGGCGUACAACACAUUCAUACAAAUUUGUGUGUGUUUUAGAGUCUUUGCUGACAAUGUAGUUUUGUUUCCUUCGCUUCCGUUGCCAGGGCUCAGUGAUGUCAUCGAGCUAAAAGAGGACGUGCUGGAGUGGAAUUUCUUUUUUGGGGCUCAUUUUCUUGUUCCGUUUACUCGUUUUCCCAAGUCAGCCUUCAUCUUAUCGGACUCUUAUCAUCAAUCAUUUUCAAUGUUCACGCUGGAGGACACCCAUCAUUCCACCUAGAGACGGUCUUAUCAUAAAGGUAUACUAUUAAAAGUACAUCUGUAAUAUAGAUCUAUGUUGUCUUUUUGUUUGACACAUCUCAUGUCACUUGAACCAACAAAAAGGAAGGCAGCUCUUGUUAGUAGAGCAGUUGCUGUGUAGUCAGAUGCAUUCAUCUUUGGUUUUUGUGUCUAGACCCACCUGUGAGUAUAAUGUACAUAAAAAUACGUAUAAUAAAGUCUUUUGUCCCACGACAUAAAUCCAUCAUUUUCAAUCGA